UGCACUCCGGAAACUGAAUUGAUUAAUGAACAAUGCUCGGCGUACAUCUUACAUAACAGGGCCAAGGCACCACCGAUUUUUUCUCCACUUUGAUUGUAAAUGAAAAGUGUAUCCACGGCGACGCCGCAUCCGAACCUGGCAAGUCCCACCCGGUCUCACCAUCACUUACCUGAUCAUCGUACCUCAAAUCCAUCUGAGGGUGAAAAAGUGUCCGAGCGAUGGACCAGCCAAGUCACUGACGUCGGUAGCUUCCCAGCUUCUUCACUCAGUAGAUCGGGCAUCACUCCAAUGCACUUUGGCAGUGCUCUCCGAGCAUUGGUUGAGUGUAGAUAUAAGGAACCUGAUUUGGUCGCCUCACCUUCUGCACGCGGACCUCAGAUUAAAUAAGUCGUCGAUGGUUCCAAGAUCAACAUGGACUUUUGCCAAGAUCCGUUCUACAACUCGUCCCUGACGUGGAACACCACCACACCCGACCUCACGCAAUGCAUGCAAGACACCCUCCUCACGGGUCUGCCAUGCCUCUUCUUCCUCCUCACCGAGCCCUUUUGGAUCAUCUACAAGAUCUAUUACUACUCCAUUCAGAGUUUCCCCAUUUCGCGGGAUUCGAGGAACAAGUGGGGCUGGCUCUUCUUGAUCAAAGUGGUGCUAAACCUCGUGCUGAUCUUAAACCUCAUCCUCCAGAUCUGGAACCAGAGCCACGAUGAGUUCUAUGGCUCUGAGGUUUUCCGUUUCAUGGCCAUGAUGGGUACGAUCGUACUCAUGUUGGUGGCCAUGGUGGUGGAAAAAUGGAACAAAAUCCACACCUCGCCCCCCAUGUUCUUGUUCUGGGGGUUGUUGCUCUUGGUGAAGAUACCCACGGUCAAGGAUCACGUGCACCAUCUGACCAAUGACCCCACUGACGCCAUGUACUGGGCUUUGGCCCUCACCUACUACCCGGUGUUCCUUAUCCAGAUCAUAUGCCAUUGUUGGGCGGACCACUCCAACAUGGAUGAUGUCGCCCAAAAACCGCCCGAGAGUGUCGCGUCAUUUCCCGCCACCAUUUUCUACACCUGGAUCGACCCACUCAUUUGGACUGGAUUGAAAGCCCCCUUGACAUUGGACCAAGUUCCACCCCAGCCGCAAUACGUCACGGUAUCGUAUGUGAUCCAGGAUUUUCUAAACCAAUGGUCGCGAAAGGUGUCCAAGAUUGAGAAAAACUUCAUCAAGGACCGUGAUCCGGCAGGCGAGAAACACGUCAAGAUUCUCGAUGUUCUGUUCGCCACUUAUGGAAAACGUUUCUUUCUGAUCUUUCUCUUGGGCACGAUCAACUUCACCUUGAUAUUCGUGGGUCCAAUAAUGCUCAAGCUCCUGAUUCAACACGUCCAGAGUACAGAGGAGGCGUGGAAGGGAUUCGCCUAUGUGAUCCUGAUCUUCGCCAAUGCCUCCUUGCAGUCCUUGCUGAACCAUCAAUUCCUCCAACAGACUGUGAUCAGCGCCCAACAGAUUCGGGCCAGCUUGAGUUCGAUGAUCUAUAGGAAGACCUUAAAACUGUCCAAUUUGGCACGGAAGAAAUUCACAAUGGGCGAGAUCACCAACUUCAUCUCCACCGACAUUCAAACAUUGGGGAUGACCAUUCCCUACAUGAACAACGUGUGGGUGGCACCCAUGAAGAUCAUCAUAGCGAUGUUCUUUUUGUACGAAGAGCUCAAGUCGGUGGCUUUCAUCGGAGUGGGUAUCAUGGCUGUCCUCCUUCCACUGAAUUAUUGGAGUUCGGUGAUUAUCAAAAAAAUGCGCAAGAACCAGAUGGAAGCCAAGGAUGGUCGAAUCAAGCUGAUGAACGAAGUUCUCAAAGGCAUGAGGGUCUUAAAGUUGUAUGCUUGGGAGCUCCCGUUCAUGGACAGGAUCAACGCCAUUCGACUCACCGAAGUGAAGCUCAUGAAGUCCUUGGCCAAGAUUUAUGCCAUUUCAAAUUUCACCCUGAAUUCCGGACCAACCCUCAUCACCAUUGCUUGCUUUGGAUUGUACACGGUGUUCCAACCCGGAGAAGUCCUGACCGCUGACAAGAUCUUCGUGUCGAUUGCCUUGUUCAAUAUCAUUCGCAUGUCCAUGGUCAUGUUGCCAUGGGCCAUUGUGGCUCUACUGAAGGCUUUCGUGUCCUUGAAACGCAUUGCUGAUUUUCUGAACGCCAAUGAGUUGGACCCCGAGGCCGUUGGCAAAGAGACGGAGAGUGAGGAAAAUGCCAUUGAAAUUGCCAAGGGAUCUUUCACCUGGACUGAGGAGGAAGAUCAGACCACGCUGAAGGAUAUCAACGUUCAGAUUCGUAAAGGCUCUUUGGUAGCAGUGGUGGGCGUGGUUGGAGCCGGUAAGAGUUCGUUAUUGAGCGCCAUCUUGGGCGAGAUGGAGAAGACCGACGGUCACAUCAAUCAAAGUGGCACUUUGGCCUACGUUCCACAGCAGGCUUGGAUCCAAAACAUGACUCUCAAGAACAACAUUCUCUUUGAGAAGCCGUUCCAUGGGAGCAGAUACAAGAGAACCUUGGAAGCUUGCGCUCUCAAGGACGACCUCGACAUACUUAUAAGCGGAGAUGAGACCGAGAUUGGCGAGAAUGGGAUCAACUUAUCCGGAGGUCAGAAGCAAAGAGUGUCGGUGGCCAGGGCGGUUUACUCCGAUUCGGAUGUCUACCUUCUGGAUGACCCACUGUCAGCAGUUGACGCUCACGUGGGCAGGCACCUGUUUGACAAGGUGUUCAGUUCAAAGAGCGGAAUCUUGAAGGAUCGAACCCGAGUUCUGGUGACUCACAACGUGAGCUUCUUGGAUCAAAUGGAUCUAAUCUUGGUGAUGCGGAAUGGAACCAUUGCUGAACGAGGAUCAUACUCGCAAUUGAAGGAAAGUAAAGGGGCGUUCAGCGAAUUUUUGGAGCAAUAUGCAAAUCAGCCAGUGAAUGAAGAGAUCGUCGAAGACCACGAAAAGGACAAAAAGCUUCAAGUGAAGCCUGUCAAGGCCCGACAAAUUCCACCCAGAGCAAGACGGAUGUCUCAGACACUAAGUUGUUCACCAGCUUCGCCGUUCAUCAAGUACUUGAGUUCCUCUGUAGACGCACCUUUGCCUGAUGAUAUCUUAGCCGAAGAAGAGGAGGAGCCUUUAAUUGAGGCCACGGAUGACUCCACGAGUUAGACCGUGACAUCUCGACGCGGGUCCAAGGUCAAUGAUCCAUUGGCUGGCCGUCUGGUUGAUGACGAGGAGGCCAUGAUUGGGAAGGUGAAUUGGAAGGUCUACUUGAGCUACAUGAAAGAUCUGGGAAACAUCAUCAGUAUCAUCUCCUUUCUUUUGUACCUCGUUGGCCAAGGCUUGGAGUCUGGAUCCAGCUAUUGGUUGUCGUUUUGGGCCGAUUCGAACGGAGCAGAUCCCGUCCAUGCCAAUGACAACACUCCAUUCUAUCUGGGAGUGUACUCGGGCAUUGGUGCACUCCAAAUUGUGAUCAUGAUAUUCCGUGAGAUUGUCCUGUUCAUUGCAUGUGCUGACGCUUCGAAUCUUAUUCACGCUCGAUUAUUGUCCAAAGUAGUUAGCAGUCCAAUGUCGUUUUUCGAUACCAAUCCCAUCGGACGGAUCGUCAAUCGCUUUUCUGCCGAUAUCGGAACCGUCGACGACGGAAUUCCUUUCCAAAUAUCGCUCCUAUUCGAGUGCUUCACCAGUAUCGCUACGGUUUUGGCCCUGAUCUGCUACUCGCUCCCAAUCUUCAUGACCGUGAUUCUGCCUCUGGCAUUGAUGUACUAUGGUAUCCAACGAUGCUACAUCUCGACCACUCGCCAAUUGCAAAGGAUCGAGUCCAUCGUCAUCUCACCCAUAUUUGCUCACUUCGGCGAUUCCUUAAACGGGGUCCAAUCCAUCCGGGCCUACAGGCAAGAGGAGCGGUUCAUCCUCGAGUCCGAGAAACGGGUGGAUAAGGGCGUGCAACUUCACUACAUGUGCGUCAUGAUGAACCGUUGGCUGGGAGUUCGGAUCGAGUUUCUUGCCAACUUGGUUGUGUUCUUCGUGGCCCUUUUUGCUGUAUUAUCCCGGGGCACCAUCUCGCCCGGACUCACGGGCUUGGCCAUCACCUUUUCCUUGAAUGUCACGGGGAUGCUGAAUUGGCUGAUUCGAGCCGUAUGUGAUAUGGAAACCGACGCAGUGGCUUUAGAACGUAUCCUGGAGUACUCAGAAAAUCCUCAAGAAGCAGAUUGGGCUCUACCUGAGGACGACAAGCAUUCGGAUUUCCCCAUGGAAGGACAGAUCGAGUUCUCAAAGUAUCAAACAAGAUACAGAGAGGGAUUGGAUCUAGUUCUCAAGGAUGUUUCCAUGCGGAUUCAACCCAAGGAAAAGAUUGGAAUCUGUGGCCGCACGGGUGCAGGAAAGAGUAGCCUGACACUGGCUCUCUUCAGGAUCAUCGAACCUGUCUCGGGCAAGAUCCUUUUGGACGGAAUCGACGUGAACACCCUCGGCCUUCAUAAGCUGAGAGGGGGCCUCACCAUAAUUCCCCAAGACCCCGUGCUUUUCACCGGUAAUGUUCGAUUUAACUUGGAUCCCACCGAAGAGAAUACUGAUAACCAGAUCUGGCAAGCAUUGGAGCAUGCCAAUCUAAAAGCCCACAUUACCUCCUUGACCAAUGGGUUGGACCAUGAGGUGUCGGAAGGCGGAGACAACUUUUCGGUGGGACAACGUCAGCUCUUGUGCUUAGCUCGAGCUUUGCUUCGAAAGACAAAAAUUCUGAUCCUUGACGAGGCCACCGCCGCCGUUGACCUCGAGACCGAUGAUCUCAUCCAGGCCACAAUCCGGAAGGAAUUCGCGGACUGCACUGUUCUUACCAUUGCUCACCGUCUUAACACCAUAUUGGACUCGGACAGAGUCGCUGUUUUUAGCGAAGGCAAACUGGUGGAACUGGACUCACCACAAAGCCUUAUGGACAAGCAUGAUUCCGUGUUUAGAGGCUUGGCCAAAAAUGCAGGUCUUGUAUGAAAUGAAUGAAAUGAAAUGAUCAAAUAAAUAAAACUCACUCACCCUUCUGAAUCGCCUCGAGUUGUGUUUGUUGAUUUUGAGGGGGUAUUUUUCAACAUCUGGUUCCACUUGAAUUUCAG